UUACACGUGCAGUCAAUCGGCGCGAUCAAUUAACAUUAAUUUACACCGAAUUACUAAAACUGAAGUCCCUCACUUUGACUUGAUCACAAGAAAAAAAUCACAAAUCGAUACUAAAAGGAUGUAGAAAUGGGUAACUGUGUGCGAAUGACGAUCGAGGAAUUAAGUCGCAGAAGAUGUUCCGAAAAGACAAUUGUUUUACUAAUAACAGGACUUGAUAAUUCCGGAAAAACUAUGGUUUUAAAUAGAAUUAGUGGUGAUCCAAGUCAUAUUGUUUUCCCAACAAUUGGAUUCCGUACAGUGUCUCUGAAAUACAAAUCUUGUAAAAUAAAAGUAUACGAUCUUGGAGGAGGUCCACAAAUCCGAUCGAUUUGGAAAAAAUAUUACAGUGAUGUUCAUGGGGUAAUUUAUGUCGUGGAUGCAAGUGACUUAUCACGACUUUCAGAAAAUAGAGAGGUGUUCAGUGAACUUAUUACUCACGAACACGUUUCUGGAAAACCAUUAUUACUAUUAGCAAAUAAACAAGAUUUAAGAGGCGCGAUGGACGAACUGGAUAUAGUAGAUAAGUUAGACGUAGAAGAGUUGGCGAAUUCAAUGCGAUGUCCAACGAGAGUAGAAAUUUGUUCUAGCAUUUACACGGACCUAAAAGGGAAAGAAGAAAACCCUGGAAUCUCUGAAGGGUAUAGGUGGUUACUGGAAACAAUAUUGAAAGAUUAUAACAAUCUAAAUAAUCGAAUAAAGAAAUCCGAAAUUCCAAGGUAUCGGAAAUUAUCUGCAAGGUCUUCCGUAUUAUCAAAAGCAGGCUCGGCAAAUCCGUUUAAGCCCAUAAGAGAAUUUCUCAAAGAAAGAAAUAACUCCGUGGCGCCAGCAGUUCAAUAAUUUGCCGAAAUGCAGUCUGAGUCGCCAAAAAUCUCAACAGACUGAAUCUCCUUCGAGAAUUUACAAUACGUCAAGCCACGAAGUGCCUCUAAAAAUAGAAAAGUACACGAAAUCUCAGGGUGCGAUUUUAAAUUUUAGGAAACACAAUUUUCAAACUAUAAUAGACAAAAAAAUCAACUGAAACAUUUUAUCAACGAAGUAUAUUUAAAUGACAAAGAGAGAGUUAAUUGACGAAGACUCGCUUCGCAAUAACAUUUCCUUAAAUAUUUUAUUUUCUCAGUAAUCGUCCCUCUGAAGUGCAAUAGCGAUACGUACAAUAUUUAUAACAAAGAAACAGUCACUCUUCUUUUACCUAACAAUUAUAUACCUAAGUAUUGAAACCUAUUCUGAUUAUAUUUAUUCAUUUCCUAUCUUCACUACUUCUGUACAGUUAUAAAAUGCGGAUAGAAAAGAGGUCUCUACCUCUAGGGAAUAAAAUUAGUGCCUCUACCCGUGUACAUGUGAAGAUUAUCUAAACUAGAAAUUUUAUUGGCUAAGCUUCGAUUUGUAAUUGAGAUAGUAAAUCUUCUACUACUUUAA